AUGUUUUCACAUGUCCUUGCUAUCGACGGCUUCCCGUCGUUUUUUGGCGCACAACUUGACCGGGGACAUUGCCGGAAGCUCUUGGUAUCCGCCGCGGUUGGGGGAAGCUUGGACAUUCUGCUGGCCCUUCUUGAAGUGGGUGGUCUUCUUCCGAUAGUGCGCGAAGUUGGCGGUCCGCACUCCCGUCCGUUCUCUGCUCUGUAUAUCGCGGCCGCCAAUGGGCGCCGGAGCUGCGUGAAGGCCCUCAUCGAGGCCGGGGCCGCGCUGGAGUACAAGUGCCUCAUGCAGGGCCAUCUCGGGAAAACUGCGCUGUCGAUCGCAGUACACAAAGGCCACGAGGAGGUGGUGCGCGAACUUCUGGCUGCUGGAGCCUCAGUAUCCAAUACUAGAGCAUCCGUCAUGAUACCCGAACAAAACCUACUAAGCGUUGCUACAUCUCGAAACAGAGAGGGCAUCAUUGACGACUUGGUCGCUGCCGGAGCGGACGUUGGCAAGGAUCGGGAGGAAUGUCCACCCCUUCAUGUAGCAGCUAAGAAGGGUUUCUGCAGGCCGUUGGAACGACUUCUCCUCGCCGGAGCAAAAGUGGACUGCGUUGACCGAGUAGGGCGAUCGGCCCUACAUGUUGCCUGCUUCUAUAACCGCGAGGGUGCCGUGGAGGUGCUGUUGCGGCAUCAUGCCAGCACUUCGUUGCUUUGUGACGAAGGCCGUUCGCCGUUUGAUAUGGUGGCAGUAGAUGCACUCGAGACGCGGCAGGGACGUGCGAUGGGGAGGGCGAUGGGGACGGCGAUGGGGAGGGCGAUGGGAGGGACUAGCCGAACUCCUUGCACGUUAAACGCCGUGGAGACUUCAGUCGCUGACCGCAUCUGUGGCAUGUUGAGAAACGCUAGCAAGUGGGGACGUAGGGGAUGGUUGGUGAUGAUGCGGGCUCGACACCUUGAUGCCACACAAGUUCUUGGUACCUCAAUGUCGCUGCUAUCGUUGUCUACUAGACGGUGGAAGGACGGGAAGAACGAAUCUCUUCACGACGGGUUGGCGACGGAGGACACCGAUCACGAUUGCGCGCUAGGAGGGCAGUGUAGUGAACAGAGGGUGCCAACGGCCCCAGAUAAUCCGGUGCAAGCCGGUGACGCCAUUGAUGGUGGUCAAGCAAGAGACAUCCGUUGCAGGGGCGCGGUGGUGUGGCUCCUGCAUCGUCCCGACCAAAGUGGAGUCUUCCGGAGACCGGAAGUCAAACCCCCCGUCGUUCAGCUUUUCGGGCGCAUGCCGCAGGCAGGGAACCGCUCUAUCGAUCCGCUCCGAUUUUUGGUAUAA